UUUCUGUCUAUUAGUAUCAUUCUAUCACGUUAUAUCACUUACAUAAUAAUGGUUGUAAGGUAAUUUGUUGGUGUGUUGAAUUUGAUGUAGCAUUAGGGAAAGUUAACCGUGCACGCUGAGUGAGGUAACAGUGCAUGACAGAGGCGAAUUCUGAUGUUGUUUGUUGGUAAAAGGAUUUGGUAUGCAGGUCCCGAAGCUCCCUCUUCUUUUGAUGAAGCAGUGGGUGAGCAGCAGUAGCACUACUUCGUCAUCUUCCACACUCAUGCUUCCGAUCCAUCCAGUCAACUCAACAGUGCCUUUUCCUUAUUCAGUUCAGCGUGCUGCUCCUCUUCUGUUACUCUAUCUGACUCUCCACUCACUUUCUCAUGUGCCACUGUUUUAUUUUUGGCAUAACCCAAGCUCAGACAACACACAUAGCCUUAGGCACUAGUGCCACUAGACUAGACUAGUAGCCACACCCUCUUUUUCUCCACUCAGUUACCCCAAUAAGCUCAUCUUAAUACAGGCCCAUGAAUUUGUAUGCUAAUGCUACAACCAGAACCACACACAGCUCCACUUAAUCUGCAAGCUCAAUCUGAGUUUUUUUUUUUUAACUCAACUCCUUUCCAAUGCCAAACAAUGGUAACUCAGAUAGCAGAGAGGUUUCUGCCACCAGAGAUGGAAGCAGCUCUAUCACUCACAGGAGGCUAGAGGCUCCCUCUACCCCGGGCAGACCCAUUUUCAGCUUCAACAGUGUUGGCAAAUUUUCAAGAAAGAGCUUCCCUUCCAAAUGGGACGAUGCAGAGAAAUGGCUCAUCAGCUCCCACCACUCCCCACCUCACACUAUAAAGCUCUCUGAGCCUUCUAACAUAAAGGUGCACCCUGACUCUGCCAACUUUCAAGGCUCUGCGUCUUUGGACCACCUUGACACACCCCAUGCUUCUAAUGGGAUCUCUUGCUCCACUCACACUGUGCUAAAAGAUAAGUUUACAGACAGCACUGUGCCCAUUUUCCCAAAUCUGCAAUAUUCAGAGGCAACUGAAGAAGGGCUUUUGUUUGGAGACCCAGCUGGGGAGGCAGUGAAAGAUGCUUGCAAGGAAGUGGUUCGUAAGGAUGUUGGGACGGAGAUGACGCCUCUUGGAAGUUGCACAGCUUCAAGAUGCCACACCCCAUUCAAGAGUUCAUCUCCUGCUCGCCAUAACACUCCUGCAAGUAAGUCGGGACCAUUGUCCUCCGCAAACCACAAUAACAAAACCUGCACCAUUGACCUUAUUCGGCUGGAGGAGUGUCAUUUUGCUAAACUGCAAGUAGGAACACAGUAUAAUUCGGUCACAUCACACUGGAGCUCAAGAGAAGAGGAGGAAGAGGAAAUAUCAAAGAGCUUGAGACAUAAUGCUAGCCAGAAAGCUGAUUCAGACUGCAGGGCUGCUACGUGGGAACAAGAGGAAAAGACCAAGUCUUGUCUCAGGUAUCAGAGAGAAGAAGCCAAAAUUCAAGCUUGGUUAGACCUCCAUAGUGCUAAAGCAGAAGCCCAAUCAAAGAAGCUUGAGGUGAAAGUUCAAAAGAUGAGAUCAACCUUGGAAGAGAAGUUGAUGAAGAAGAUGGCAGUGGUUCACAGAAAAGCUGAGGAGUGGAAAGCAGCAGCCAGACAGCAGCACUUGGAGCAAAUCAAGAAGACCGCUGAACAAGCACAAAAGAUUAAGAACCAAUGUAACCCUCUAGUCUUAGGUCACAAUACAUGUGGUUGCUUCCCCUGCAAUAACAAUCAUCACUAAACAUAAUAUAACAUUGAUCCCUUGUCCUUGCAUGGAGUUUACUCCUGAAAAUAUUUGUUUCCCUAUCGUUUCACUAAAUAUUUUCCUCGUCUUCAAUUAAUGACUGUGAUAACCAGAGGUAAUAAUACGUC